CGUAACGCCUCCUUCCUUCAUCCGCUUUUUAUCUUAAAAUAAACCGGCGUCUCCUGCCCUGGCUGGGACGCCGCUGCUGACAGGGCACCUGAUGGAUUGAUUUCCUCGAGCAGUCAGCGGCGCUAAAGAGUCACGAGCUUACUGGUUGUAAGCAACGAUCGACGAACGAGGGGUGUAGGGAGUGGAAGGAAGAGGCUCAGCGUUCAUGGAGAGCCGCAAGGAGGCGGCGGUGGGGUGGAUGACGGUGCCGGCGUUCGGGGAGUGGGACGUGAAGAACGGCGCCGUGCCGGACUACUCCAUGGACUUCUCCAAGAUCCGCGAGAUGCGCAAGCAGAACAGGCGCGAGCUGUCCCGGGCCAGCCUCGGCGGCGGCGACGACGACGACGACGACCUACUCCAGAAGAAGCAGCAGCAGCAGCAGGAGGAGGGAAGCAAGGCCCAGCCGCGCAACAAGCCCUCCGCCGCCGUCGCGGACGACGCCCACCGUCGAGCGCUGCACGACGACUCCCCUACGGGGAGGAAGAAUUUCCUGAGCUAUUUCCAGUGCUGUACCAGAGCGUGAAGAAACUCCCAAGACUUCUUCUUCCUCUGCUGCGCAGGUAGCUGCAUGUUUGGGUUUCCUUCUGAACUCCAGCAGUGUGCGACUCCGUAUCCCUAAAACGCGCGGCCGACACAUUCUCUCUCCUCUCCGUAUCCGGCUCCGUUUCCAGCAACACUCCCCAUCCCACUCCGCAUGCAGUCUAUGACACCUGGGGCCCGCCAGCAGGCGCGCGCGCCCGCGAGAGAGCUGCGGAGAGGAGAGAGAAAGCGUGGAAAUGGGGAGUCUGGGUACACGCCGUGCGUUUUACGGAGCCGGAUACGGAGCCUGCUGGACUGAUGAAUAGUGUGCUAGACUCCGCAAAAUACGGAUACGGAGCCGCAUGCGGAGUGCUGCUGGAGAUGGUCUAAUGUAUGUAAAGCAUGUCUGCGUAGUUAAAGUGUGUGAUCCUGUCACCCAUGCCAUGCAUGAGAGAGGGGAGGAACGCCCAUGGCUCACAGCUUCUAGUGCAGUGUGUUCUGAGAAAAAGGAUUGGAUCUGAUGAAGAAGGGUGUGGCUUGUGUGUGUGCUUUUUUGUAUGAGAUUGGAUGCACUUGAGAUGAUGUAUUGACGAUUGUCCAUCUUGUUUUUCCUUUUUCACCUCUUUAUUCAUUGUAUGCAUCUCUUGAUUU